AUGUUUGGUAUUGAUCAGUUACUUAAUUCCUGUGAAUUUGUUAUCCAAGUUGUGAGAGGCACGGUCCUGAAUCAGACAUUAUUGUCUCGUCGACGCGAUGAUCCAUUUGAUGACCAAUUUUUGUAUGCGUUUGAGAUCACAAGUGUCAUUCAAGCAACAGAGACCGCACUGGAAAGGAUUGGAGGCAAACACGUGCUUUAUCUGCACACGGCAGCAUUCGACUCCAUGUGUGGCGUACAGUUGGAUAUCGGCACAGACUACGUCAUCACGUUCGAUUCCUUCAGCUGGUAUUGGAGUGAGAAAGCAUCCUUUAUGGUGUAUCUGUGUGGGUAUCAGAUGCCAUAUGAUGACUUAUUGCCUGGUGAACUUGAAGUGCUCGACGGAGAUUUUGAUUGUGCCAACAUCCAUGGAGAAGUAGAGUGUAAGCCAAAAGAAGAUGGCGGAAUGAAAUGCUGUAGAAACAUGGGAAUGUCAGGGAGGGGAGACACUGAAUGUUUCGAAGUGGACGACUCCGAUGACCAAUAAACCAAGAAAAACAUCUAAAUGUCCGCCAUUGCUCGUGAGAGCAAACCUACUUAUUUCUUCCACGUUGUCGCUUUAAACAUCAUGCCGUUGUGCCAUAGCAUGCAAUGUCAUUGAGAAUCACAAUUUGUUUUAUUUUGAUUGGGCGUCUCGUUUCGUAUUAUCGAAAGAUGUUGGGAUGUCUCUGCUGACGUUGUCGUAUGAUGCAUGGACAACAUAAUUAUAUUGAUAAUAAAA